AUGGGCAGUUUUCUUCUUUGUUUGCUACUUGUUCAGUUGCAAUGGUGUUUGUGCUCUAAUGUGUUGGACGACCUGCUACAACAGACCAAUAUCGCGUUUUUAUCGCAGCAAGAUGUGAUAGGAGUGAUCCCUGUUAAUCAGAUUCCACUGGUGGGGGUGGAGCUCUGCUCUAUGUUUGAGACCGUCGGCGAUGGACAGGAUACGCUUGCGGCGAUGUUGCAAACGGGCGUGCAGACGCUUGUGAUGGACAUUGGCUACGACGAAGACGCGGGCGGGUGGCAGAUGUGCGGGCGCACAUCGCUCAGUGAGGGUAUUUCCACGGUCUCCCGACAGAUUGAAAGGCUGUUUCCGACUCUGUACGCGAACCUUGUUGUUCUUGUGCUGCGCGGAGGGGCUGCGGAGGCACACUACGAGGCGCUCCGGGACGCCAUUGGGCGCGUGGGGCGGUGGACUUACUCGGCAGAGAAGGUGAAGGCGACAUCGCCCCACCUGAACAGCCUGUUGGACGACCAGGAGAAACGGGUUCUGGUCGUGGCGCUCGACGACAGCCUGUGUGAGGCCUUGGGAACGGUGGCCUUUGGGCCCGAGGACGUGGCAUACGUGGAGGGCAACGAUACCAUAGACUGCAGCGAGCAUACUGACUCGUGGAGCUUCAUAGAGCGUGAGUUCCACUGGACGGACGUCCGCGAGUAUGUUCGCUUGGGGUGCUCGCCGGUCAUCACAGGAAAGAGCGUUGCUAAUAUAAGUGAGCUUGAGGCGCUUGUCAAGGUUGCACAGGUGUGGUCGUGGGGGGCGGGGGAACCGGCGCUGACCGAUGCUAAUUCUGAAAUGCAGCGUUGCGCAUCACUUGGAUACGACUCAGCUACGGAGCGAGCCACGUGGAAGAGCACGAGCUGCCGGCAAAACUUGCCAGUUCUGUGCCAAGCAGUCAACGAUCGGUAUAGUUGGCUUGUGGGAACACGCAAUUUGAGGUUCGACCAACUUAAUAUGGACUCAUGUCCCUCUGGCUACAAACCUUCGGUCCCGCGGACACCACUAGAACAGCGAGAAGUUGAAAGGUACCUUUCUGAACACCAUCCCUCCGAUGGGCAAUACUGGAUUUAUCUCAAUUCCAUUUCGGUAGAGAAGUGUUGGGUUGUUGGAGGACCCGAAACACCCUGUCCUUAUGUAGCAUUGGUAUCCACACGGAAUUUUGCAGCGAUGAUAGUGACUUCUUCGAUACUAGUACUUCUCCUACUUGUGCUUAUAAUUUUACUCGACCUAGUGCGCGUACCGAUCCAGGACAAUCGGCGGAGUUGGAAGCGCGCUCUCGGUAGCUAUUCCAAGGCAGAGACUGAGGGGGUACCGAUGUAG